ACAAGGUGUCAACAACUCAGAGACUCAAAUAUUUUGAUAAUUCUAAUAUUUUCCAUUAAAUGUUAAGAGAAAGUUUACAGAUUGCCAGAUGAACACCUCUCAGACAUAAUUUUUGUGUCAUUGUGUAAAAAUUUCUUAAAGAAAUUAGAUUUCAGUUCCGACAACAGCGUAGAACACAGCAAAUGGUCUCAGUUAAAGGGACUAUCGCCGUAAAAUCUCGCUGUGGAGAGCUUUAGUAUUUGCUGUGUUUGAAUAAAUUGUGCAGAAGUUUCAUGGCUGUGAUUUUCUUAGUGUUAAACGUAUAGCAGUACACUGUCACAAUGGGUGAUGAAGAUUCAAGUGUCAGAGUGGCGGUGAGAAUCCGACCACAGAUUCCUCGAGAAGUAAUAGACAUGUGUCGUGUAUGUACUGCUGUGACCCCAGGAGAGCCGCAGGUGACUCUGGGCUCGGAUAAGGCAUUCACAUAUGACUAUGUAUUUGAUAUGCCUGUAAUGCAAGAUGAAAUUUAUGGUACCUGUGUCAGCAGUUUGGUUGAUGGUUCCUUGGAAGGAUACAAUGCAACAGUACUGGCAUAUGGGCAAACUGGCUCAGGGAAGACUUACACUAUGGGGACGGGAUUUGAUGUUGAAGUUGACCCAUCACAGGUGGGAAUUAUACCAAGAGCUAUUAAUCAUUUAUUUAAUGGCAUUGCCUCGAGAGUGGAGAAAGCAAAAGAGAUGGGACAGCCACCACCAGAAUUUAAAAUUAUGGCACAGUUCAUGGAGCUUUACAAUGAAGAAAUAAUUGACUUGUUUGAUCCUGCAAGGGAGCAAUUCACAAAGGGAAAAACUGGUAUAAAAAUUCAUGAAGAUGCAGAAGGUGGUAUUUAUGUUGUUGGUGUAACAAUGAAAUCUGUCUCCUCAGCAGAAGAGGCUUUACAGUGCCUUAGGUUAGGUGCUUUAUCAAGAACCACUGCUAGCACACAGAUGAAUGCUCAGUCUUCAAGAUCACAUGCAAUAUUUACCCUACACAUCAAACAGCAAAGGCUCGUGAAAGUAGAGACAGAUGAUGAUGAAAAUCCAACAGACGGUGGAAAAGAGUUCGAGACAUUAACAGCCAAAUUUCAUUUUGUGGAUCUGGCUGGUUCAGAACGUCUGAAAAGAACUGGUGCCACUGGAGAAAGAGCUAGAGAAGGGAUAUCAAUCAACUGUGGACUCCUUGCUUUAGGCAAUGUGAUAUCUGCUCUUGGAGAUAAAUCGAGGAAAGUCACACAUGUACCAUAUAGAGAUUCCAAGCUCACAAGGUUACUGCAAGAUUCACUUGGAGGUAACAGCCGGACAGUUAUGAUUGCUUGUGUCUCACCAAGUGACAGAGACUUUAUGGAAACACUAAACACACUGAAUUAUGCAAAUAGAGCAAGGAACAUUAAAAAUAGGGUUGUUAUUAAUCAAGAUAAGUCAUCACGAACAAUAGUACUACUGCGGCAGGAAAUACAGCAACUGCAGCUAGAACUGUUGGAAUACAAACAGGGGAAAAGAAUUGUUGGUGAAGAUGGUGUUGAAUCUGUAAAUGAUAUGUACCAUGAAAAUAUAAUGUUACAAAGUGAGAUCAACAAUCUGAGAACCAGAGUGAAAGCCAUGCAGGAAACAAUAGAUGCUCUCAGCAACAAGAACACACAGCUUUUGGCUGAGAGAGCUGUGGGAUCUUGGGUUGGCUCAGGUGAAACUUCAGACAUCACAGAAAUGAUACAGGGUUAUCUUAAAGAGAUAGAGGACCUGAGAGCAAAAUUGUUGGAAUCUGAAGCCAUAUGUCAGCAACUCCGCAAAAGGCAACCACCUAAAAUGUCACUGAGUCCUCAUGUUGCCAUGUCAGGACACUUCGAUAUAUCUCCUGGUGACGUAACAUCUGUAGAUAAUCUCCUUUCUGAAGCAAAGAAAGAUUUGUUAAAGGAUAUUGAAUUGCUAGCAAAAAGUAAAAUUAAUGAUGAAACAUCAAACGAUGGCCAGAAAAAUGGGAAUGAUGAUGCAGAUAGUGAGAGUGACAGUGAAGAGAAAGAGAAUGAUGACGCAAGUGACAGCAGCAGUACUGAUACGGAAGAGAAAGGAGAAGCUGAAAAUGAAGAAUUUGGUCUUAAGUUAGCAGAACUCACUUCAGAGAUAAACAUCAAACAGAAGCUAAUAGAAGAAUUAGAGCUGUCACAGCGCAGAAUACACACUAUGCGCCAGCACUAUGAAGACAAGAUGAUGCAGUUGCAGGAACGUAUCAGGGUCACACAAGAAGAACGGGAUAAAGUGCUAGCCUCAUUCAGCAACCAGUCAAAGGAACCAACUGAAAAGGUCAAGAAAGUUCGUGAUGAAUAUGAAAAGAAACUCGGUGAUAUGCAGAAGGAACUGAAACGUCUGAAUUCAGCCAAAAAGGAGCAUGCAAGGUUGCUACAAGCUCAGACUCAACAUGAGAAUCAACUCAGAACUCUUAAAAAUGAACUUGCAGAUAUGAAAAGGACAAAGGUUAAGCUGCUGAACAAGAUGAAAGAGGAGACUUCAAGGCAUAAGGAAGCUGAAUUACGCCGUAAUAGAGAAAUAGCACAACUGCGGAAAGCAUCAAGGAAGCAUGAAAAUUUGAUAAAAUCUCUUGAAGCAGAAAAGCGAAUGAAAGAAGUAGUGUUACGAAGGAAACAAGAGGAAGUGUCAGCAUUGCGGAGGAUAGCUCGAGGAGGACUGAGCAACAAGGCAGCAGGUCGUGUUGGUGGCAGAAAUGUAGCCAGGAAACUACAUUUUUCUCCAAAAGAAGCUAAACAGAAGUGGCAGGAACUUGAGAAAACUAUCAGUCAGAAUGCCAUAAACAAGCAGACAGUAGCAGUCAUUGAACGAGAUAUGGAAAGAAAUCUGCAAGAGAGAGAAUCACUCUGUCAUUCACUUGAAGAUUUAAAACGCAGAAGAAGAUUUGAGGAAGAAAGAGGGAACACUCUGGCACUGAUGGAUCUUGAUGAACAAAUACAAAAUAUUAAUGCAACAAUUUCAUACAUACAAGAAGUUAUCCAAGAGUCGCAACAAAAUGUGAUGCAAAUUGAAGAUGCUAAGGACAUAGCACCAUUAAUGCAGAGUGUGAACAAUGUUGAAGAAGCACAAUAUAUAAUACAAAAGUUAUAUAAUCUGACAAUAAAUCAAGGUUAUGCUGCAGCACAGAAAGAACUCUGUCUGAAGGAAAUGGAAGCCCAACUGAAAGAGAAAGCACAAGAAAAUAGUGUACAAGAACAAUUACUGCAACAUGUUUUGAGGACUCAUGGUCUUGAUUUGGAUAUGUACAGUUCAACGAUGGGUAAUGGACAAACUACGGCUGCCUCAACAGACAGUUCUGUACCAUCCACAAGAUCUAACUCACCUACAGAUACGUGCAAUGGUAAUGUGAGGCCUGUGCAGACCAGAACAUCAAAAAUACGAAGAAAAACAAGACUACCAGAAGAACUGUUGUACCCACCAGAUGCAAUGACUACAUCUGCUCCUGAGGUCCAAUCACAAGAUGAACCAACUGAAGAAAACUUGAUGCCUCCACCAGACAAAGCUAUUAGUCGAGUACCAAGUGCUCCUGGUUCACUGAAAAAUUUGGUAACUAAGACUGAGCUACCGAAGCCCUCACCAGUGGCAGGCCGUAAAACUUACGACCGCCAGGAAUCCACUUCUCCUCGAACUACACGCCGUACAUUUAACACAUUGCAGAGCAAUUUGCUUGGCAAACCGGGAUCAAUGGAUCAGGGUCUAGAUGCAAGCCCACCUAACUCUCCCCCAACAUACCGGCGUACCAACAGUCGUGAGGAAAACGUGUUUUCUCGCCUUACGUCUGGGACUACAGCUUCAAGUGAUCAGCAGAUUGGGGAAGGUGUCAUCAGUGUAUACCAGGGGAAGGUAAAUGCGAAAGCUCCAUUAAUCUGUACUCAUGUUGCAGAAGGGCAUUCACGUGCCGUACUCUCUGUAUAUGCUACUGAUGACUUGCUGUUCAGUGCCUCCAAAGAUCGCACAGUAAAAAUCUGGGAUUUGCAAACUGGUGUUGAAAGACAGUCACUUCGUGGUCAUCCAAACAAUGUUGUUUCAGUUAAGUAUCAUGAAGAGUCCCGCCUGGUGUAUAGUGUAUCCUCAGCCUAUGUGAAAGUCUGGGACCUCAGAGACAGAGGAGCUAAAUGUAUUAAAACUUUAUGCUCGUCAGGUAUGACAGCAGAUGGACCUGUUGGAUUUUCAACUCCAUCAAGAAUGCUGCAGGCUCCAGUGGGUGAAAUGCCCCUCAAUGAUGUAGCACUUAACCAUUGUGGAACAGUGCUGUAUACUGCAGCCUCGGAUCGUGUGCGUGUAUGGGAUCUCAGAAAAUAUGAGCCAGUGGGAAAACUUGUUGGCGGUCACCAAGCUGCUGUAAUGUGUUUGGCAGUCGGAAAACUGUCAGAAGAUGAGGAUAUUGUUGUAACAGGAUCCAAAGAUCAUUAUAUAAAAGUUUUUGAAGUGAACAGAGGGAGUUCGAAUGUCUUCCAGCCUAAAAUGAAUCUGAAUCCUCCACACUAUGAUGGAAUCCAGUCUCUGGCAAUUAGGGGAGAUAUUUUAUUUUCUGGGUCACGUGAUAUGUGCAUAAAGAAGUGGGAUUUGUCUAAGCAAGAACUCAUACAGAGUUUAAAUGGCGCUCAUAAGGAUUGGGUAUGUGGACUGACAUUCAUGCCCGGUGGUCAAAUCCUCUUGUCAGUUUGCCGUGCAGGCAUGGUUAAACUGUGGUCAGCAGACACUUGCAGCUUAUUGGGAGAAAUGAAAGCUCAUGGAUCUCCUAUUAAUGCCAUUACCACGAACUCUUCACAUAUUUUCACAGCCUCUAGUGAUAACUCGGUUCGCUUGUGGAAGCUCCGCAGCAGGUACGACUUGUCACCAGAUGGUGGUGACUGUGUCUGAAGACCAGUUUAUUACUUGCCAUGCAUUCCUGAAGCAGCAGAGGUGGAUCUUACUGAUGAAGGGGUGGAUGAUGUUCACGAUAUGGUUACCACUCCUGAAGUGAACAGAAGAUCUUUGUCAUCCCUGAAAGUUUUGAUUGUAGUGUUCUUAAUGACGUGCAUAAUGCUUCUUAUUGUAAUGAAAAUGAGAAAAGCCUUGUUCACUACUGAAUAGUGUCAAUUGUACUUUCCUCAAGUGCCUUAAAAUUGAUUUAUAUUUUCUAGUUUGCAAUUUUAUCUUUCCAGGUCCUCUGAACUGGGAAAUAAAAUCAUUAUUUUGCUUGUCUCAUGAUUCUCCAAUUGUACAUUCACAUGUAUUGGUAAUACGUGUCAUGUUGAACAUGAAUAACAGAUCUCACUGAUAGAUUGUCUUUUAUGUGAUCCACAGCUGACUGCUUCGGCAUUGCAAGUUUCUCACAGUGUUAACAUUUUGUCAGUAAUUUGGAAGGCAGGGUGGAGGAACCAGAUCUCAGGAUUUUAUGAAAGAGUACAGGCACAUUUUUAUUGAAACUGUAGUUCUGACAUUCCAGUUUAAUAACUUUAAAAUAGAGCAAAACUGGCAAAUAUUUUUUAAUUUUAGAAAGAUUUUUGUCUUUAACUGUAGCAUCAUUUAUUUUCAGAAUAAGUUCCUAAAAUGGAAGAUUAUUUUCUUUGUUUCUUAAUGACUUUUUCUCUUCUCUUUCAAGAAGAGGUAUAAGACUGAUACAUGACUGUGAAAAUGCCUAUUAUAAAAAGAAAAACAAUUAACUUAUGCAGUGUGAUUUAUUUACUGAUUUUGUACUGUUAUAAUGGACAUUUGUUUGUGAUCUGUACCGCAGCAUUAUUUUAUUUACACUUGUAUUAUCUUUGCUUUACCUAAUUUUGUCUUUAUAAAAAAUGUAUGUCAGCAGUCGUAGUUCAGACAGUGGUCAGAAUUGCAGCUUACUAUGUCAAGCUGAGUGACUGUUGCUGUAAAAUUGAAACCAAUGAAAAUCAAAUACCAUAACAAAAAUACUCAUUGGUGAUUAAUAAUUACUUUAUUUAUGUCUCAUUUUAUUUAUUAACUGAACUAGUGAAUUAAUACUGUGUGAUACAGUGUAAUAUUUGUAUAUAUGGAAAUAUGUGUAAAGAGUGAUUAUUGAAGUGUUAAAUACAGUA